CAAGGGUUUAGAGCUAAGGACAGGAUUGGCCAGGGGGACACAAGAAGUGCUUCAUUCUUCAUUCAUUCAUUCAUUCAUUCACUCGCUCACUUUGCCGGGGUUCUCUGUCCAGAAUCUAAGAUUGGACCACAGGAGAGAUCAUGGACAACGUGGAGGUGUUUAACCCACCUGGGAAGGGCCGGGGCCUUAGGGCUGUACGGGAACUAUGGGCCGGAGACGUGCUCUUCAUAGAGCCCAGCUUUGCAGCCGUCGUGUUUGACAGUAUGGCAGCAAACGUGUGUCACAGCUGCUUCCGUCGGCAACAGAAGCUGCAUCGGUGCGGCUCGUGUAAGUUUGCUCAGUACUGUGACCGCACCUGUCAGAGAGCAGGCUGGGAUGAGCAUAAGCUGGAGUGUCCCGCCAUCAAGGCCUACGACAAGGUGCCCAACGAGAGCGUGCGACUCGCUGCCCGUAUCUUCUGGAGGCUGGAUAAGGAGGGAAGCAUCGUGUCUGACCAUCAGCUGACCACCAUAGAUGACCUGGAGGACCACGUCGAAGACUUGCCUGAGGACGACCUCAAGCAGCUCAAGAUUGAUAUCCACAACUUCCUGGACUAUUGGCCACGCAACAGCAAACCACAUAAUGUGGACAGCAUCUCCCACAUUCUUGGAGUGAUAAACUGCAAUGGCUUCACCAUCAGUGACCAGCGGGGGUUGCAAGCAGUAGGGGUCGGCAUCUUCCCCAACCUGUGCCUGGUCAAUCACGACUGCUGGCCAAACUGCACGGUUAUCCUCAACAAUGGCAAUCAGUCGGCUGUGAACAAAAUGUAUCACUCCUACAGGAGAGUGGAGCUGAGGGCUCUGGGCAACAUUAAAGCGGGAGAUGAGAUCACCAUCUCCUACGUGGACUACCUGCACCUGUCUCACGAGCGCAAAAAGCUGCUCAAGGACCAGUACUUCUUUGACUGCACGUGUGAGCAUUGCACCAACCGCACUGGAGAUGACCUCAAGAUGGCAGGCAAGGUGGUGGAUGAUGUCAAGGUGCCUGAUGAGCAGGUGAAGGAGAUGACAGAGUACAGCUUUGAAAUGCUAAGGAAGAUGGAGAAGGCUCGCUUGGAUGGCAAAUACCAUGAGGUGGUAAAAAUCUGCCGCGAGUGUUUGGAGAAGAUAGACCCAGUGCUGGCCGAUACACACAUUUACCAGCUGCGGCUGUGGAGCACUAUCAGUGAGGUGCUGUCCUACCUGCAGUACUUCGAUGAGGCCGCCACCUACGCUCGCAAAAUGGUGGAGGGAUACCAGAAGGUGUACCACCCAAACCAUGCAUCCCUGGGCAUGGCCACCAUGAGAGCAGGGGUCACCCACUGGCAGGCAGGGCUCAUUGAGGUCGGCCAUGGCAUGAUCUGCAAGGCCUACUCCAUCCUGAUGGUCACACAUGGCUCCAUACACCCCAUCACCAAAGACCUGGAGGCUAUGCGGCAGCAGACGGAGAUGGAGCUCCGGAUGUUCAAGCAGAAUGAGUUCAUCUACCACCAGAUGCGUGAGGCCGCGCUCAAGAACCAGCCCAUGAGCAUGCAGUCAGAACCGAUGGUGGAGGGCAUCAAGAACCUGUUCCGCAGGAAAUGAGAACACCUGUCCACCCACCGAUUCCCACCACACACACACACACACACACACACACACACACACACACACAUGUUCAAACACACAGGACAGACCAAUUAACCAUAGUGUGGACAGAGCUAUCCCCAUCUCUGCUAUAGCUGUGGUCCCCUUAAUGAGGAGGCCGGUGGGGAGAAGAGCCCCACCUGACCAGAGAGCUCCAGACGUGGGGAGCAGCACUUGGGCAGCUCUCCUGACCCGUUCCCAUGGAACGUCCUCCAUCACCUGGACAAUCCAUGAGGGUCUUAAUGAUUCACAGUGUCACAUAUAGAGAAACACAGGCUCUGUCACUGGAGUGUAAGUCAUGGACUUCUUUUGAUGUCUCCUGUUAGCAUUUAGAGCAGUUACAUUAUUCAUUACGAUAGUUUUUUGACAUUUAAAUUUGCUCUUUAAAUGUAGAUGUUCCUAUUUUCUAUAUGUCAGGUUUGGAAUAGUAACUUUGUUCACUGCAGACACAUCCAUCAAACUAUUUCACAUAUUUGACAUUUCACAGUCACAGAUUUGCAGUGAUUUUUUUUUUUAUUUACAACUAAUAAAAUCUCCAAACAAACUGCAUGGA